AUGGCUGAAAACUACUCUUUCAAAUAUUUCACCGUUAAAUUUCCCACCGACCAUCAAUAUGUGGCCCACGUGGAAAUCAACCGUCCGGAAAGGUUGAACGCCUUCAUCGAAGUUAUGUGGGAAAACAUGGCCAAGAUCUUCAAUAAACUUUCCUCAGACCCACACGUGCGCGCAGUCGUCCUCAGCGGCGCUGGAGCGAAGGCAUUCACCACAGGGCUGGACGUCAAGGCAGCCUCGGAGGGUCUCCUAUCAUCAGACGACACCAAGACCGACCCAGCCCGAAAGGCAGUCGCGUUCCGUCGCCACAUCAGCGCCUUCCAAGACUGCAUCACGGCAGUAGAGCGCUGUGAAAAGCCCGUCGUGGUUGCUCUCCACGGGUUCUCAUUGGGACUCGGCAUUGACCUAUCCACGGCGACCGACGUGCGUCUCUGCGCUCGGGAUACCCGGUUCGGCGUCAAAGAAGUCGAUAUCGGGCUUGCGGCAGACAUCGGUACUCUCAGCCGUCUGCCCAAGGUGGUCGGGAAUUACGGAUGGGUCAAGGAGGUGGCGCUGACGGCGCGCGAGUUCGGCGCUGAGGAGGCGCUCCGGGUGGGUUUCGUUAAUGCGGUGUAUGAUACCCGUGAAGCUACUAUUGUGGCUGCGUUGAAGCUCGCAUCCCUCAUGGCUAGCAAGAGCCCCGUGGCUGUGCAGGGUACUAAGGAGAUCUUGAACUACUCGCGCGACCACUCUGUGCAGGAUGGACUACGCUAUACGAGUGUGUGGAAUAGCGCUGCUUUGCAGACGCAGGAUGUCUCGGCAGCUUUGCUGUCUGGGUUGCAAAAGCGUACUCCGACAUUCGAGAAGUUGUAG